GAGGUCGCCCCGCCCCGCCCCUCCCUUCCUCCAAGAUGGCGAGCGGCGGCGGCAGCGGCGGCGGCGGCGGGGCCGGGGUUUCGGUGCCUGCGCUGUGGAGCGAAGUGAACCGCUAUGGCCAGAACGGCGACUUCACGCGCGCUCUCAAGACCGUCGGCAAGAUACUGCAGAUCAACAAGGAUGAUGUAACUGCCCUCCACUGUAAAGUAGUAUGCCUUAUCCAGAAUGGAAGUUUCAAGGAAGCCUUGAAUGUUAUCAAUACUCACACCAAAGUGUUAGCCAAUAACUCUCUCUCCUUUGAGAAGGCAUAUUGCGAAUAUAGGCUGAACAGAAUUGAGAAUGCCUUGAAGACAAUAGAAAGUGCCAACCAGCAGACAGACAAACUGAAGGAGCUUUAUGGACAAGUGUUAUACCGUUUGGAACGCUAUGAUGAGUGCCUAGCAGUGUAUAGAGAUCUCGUCCGAAACUCCCAAGAUGAUUAUGAUGAGGAGAGGAAAACAAACCUUUCAGCAGUUGUUGCAGCUCAAAGCAACUGGGAAAAAGUGGUCCCAGAGAACUUGGGCCUCCAGGAAGGCACGCAUGAACUGUGCUACAACGCUGCCUGCGCGCUGAUAGGACAAGGGCAGCUGAGCCAGGCAAUGAAGAUCCUGCAGAAGGCCGAAGAUCUUUGCCGCCGUUCGUUAUCAGAAGACUCUGAUGGGACUGAGGAAGACCCACAGGCAGAGCUGGCCAUCAUUCAUGGUCAGAUGGCCUAUAUUCUGCAGCUUCAAGGUCGUACAGAGGAGGCUCUGCAACUUUACAAUCAAAUAAUAAAACUAAAACCAACAGAUGUGGGAUUAUUAGCUGUAAUUGCAAAUAACAUCAUUACCAUUAACAAGGACCAAAAUGUCUUUGACUCCAAGAAAAAGGUGAAAUUAACCAAUGCAGAAGGAGUGGAGUUUAAGCUUUCCAAGAAACAGCUACAAGCUAUAGAAUUUAACAAAGCUUUACUUGCUAUGUACACAAACCAGGCAGAACAGUGCCGCAAAAUAUCCACCAGUUUACAGUCUCAAAGUCCUGAGCAUCUCCUGCCUGUGUUGAUCCAAGCUGCCCAGCUCUGCCGUGAAAAGCAGCACACGAAAGCAAUAGAGCUGCUUCAGGAAUUUUCAGAUCAGCAUCCAGAAAAUGCAGCUGAAAUAAAACUGACCAUGGCACAGCUGAAAAUUUCCCAAGGUAAUAUUUCUAAAGCAUGUCUAAUAUUGAGAAGCAUAGAGGAAUUAAAGCAUAAACCAGGCAUGGUGUCUGCAUUAGUGACCAUGUACAGCCAUGAAGAAGAUAUUGAUAGUGCCAUUGAAGUCUUCACACAAGCUAUCCAGUGGUAUCAGAACCAUCAGCCCAAAUCUCCUGCUCAUUUGUCCUUGAUAAGAGAAGCUGCAAACUUUAAACUCAAGUAUGGCCGGAAGAAGGAGGCUAUUAGUGACCUAGAACAGCUAUGGAAACAAAAUCCAAAAGAUAUUCACACCUUGGCGCAGCUUAUUUCUGCUUACUCACUUGUAGAUCCAGAGAAAGCCAAAGCUCUUAGUAAACACUUGCCCUCGUCAGAUAGUAUGUCUCUAAAAGUAGAUGUUGAGGCUCUUGAAAAUUCUCCUGGUGCUACAUAUAUUCGGAAGAAGGGUGGAAAAGUCACUGGAGAUAGUCAACCAAAGGAGCAAGGGCAGGGAGAUUUGAAAAAGAAGAAGAAGAAAAAGAAGGGAAAACUGCCUAAGAAUUAUGACCCAAAAGUUACCCCAGAUCCAGAAAGAUGGCUACCAAUGCGAGAACGUUCUUAUUACCGCGGAAGAAAGAAGGGUAAAAAGAAGGAUCAGAUUGGAAAGGGGACCCAGGGCGCAACUGCCGGCGCUUCAUCCGAACUGGAUGCCAGUAAAACUGUGAGCAGCCCACCAACUUCCCCAAGACCUGGCAGUGCAGCAACAGUAUCUGCCUCCACAAGUAACAUCAUACCCCCAAGACACCAAAAACCUGCAGGGGCUCCAGCAACAAAAAAGAAACAGCAACAGAAAAAGAAGAAAGGUGGAAAAGGUGGCUGGUGAUUAGAACAUUCUUGUUGCGGGCUGUUUUUAAACUGUCUCAGUGAUGGUGGGAGUAUAAUAAAGGUAACACAGCAAGAAGCACAGAACUGUUCCCUCUUCCAUCUCCAUUAUUUUCCUAAAUAAUUCCUUGUGCAUCAAACAGGAAAGCAUCUUGCUCAAACUCUGCCUAGUGAGAUGUGGCCUACUUGUACCCCCUAGCGUGCACAGAUUAUGAGGACUGAAGGUAAUUGGGCAUUUACCCACCUUGAUACCUGUUGUGUUCUUUACUUUUGUGUGCUUAUUUGAUCUUUUUUCAGUUUCACAUACAAGGCAUGUUAUCUGAGAUUUCCCCGGAUUUAAACAAAAACUGUCUACUGUUUCAACUAGAGUCUGAAGAUACUUGUUCCUAUUCAAGUCCAACUUUUAUCUUGAGGUUCUGGAGACAGCAAAAAAUAAAAAGAAGAAGAAGAAAGAAAAUAAAAAAUAAAUCAAGUCCCACUUUAAAUUAUGUCUUAGGAGGCCUUAGGAGACUGAAAGUAAACUCUUCUGAGCAUUCCAAAAUAACCUAUUAAAUGAGUGGACACAAGAAAAAUGUCUUACAUAAUUUUAACCAUAAAUUCUAUAUCAUGGAGACUCAUAUACAGUUCCUUUAUGCCCCAUAUUGUCAGAUUAUGGUAACAUGUUGAUUUAGCAUCAAGAAGGAACUCAAGGAAAAGACAUCAGUGUUGUAAGAAGUUGACUCUUGGACCCAGUGUUCUGAGGUCAGAUGGGUGUGGACCGUAUCCGCCAGAAAGACAUGAACACGAACAUUGGCUUUCUCCGUGGAGAGGAAAUCAGAACUCAGGUGGCACACCAGGCAGUGUUAAAAUCUAACUGGUUGGCCCAACUGGUAGAUACUCAGAUGGCUCCUCUCUCUAGUUUGGGUUAUGUGACCACUCGCUGUCUUUUCAGAAUCAUGAAGGAUUUCAUAAGCAGUUUGUGGGGUAAAUGUCACUCUUGUCUUUCCUUGCUUCCAAGCCACUUUCACUUUGACAUGGGAUGCCUGUCCUUGUUAGUAGUCAUUUUUUGCUGCCCAAGAUACCAUUCAAUGUAGACUUAGGGCUUUCCUUGUGAACGUAUUACUCCAUCCUUGUCAAUAAGUGCUGCUGUGUUGCACUCGACAUCUCGACUGAAACUUGUUCAGAGUUUUUUAAAAGGCUUUCCUCCUUCGCAAGAUGAGAAAUGGGGUCUUGCCUUUUCAUUCAGCAGGAGCAAAUCUGCAGUGGCACCUAAAUGAGAGCCUUUCCAAUAAGAAUGAUUUAUUAUGGCGUGACGCCUUUUUGAGCUCACAGAUAAUAGUGUUUUUGUGACAAUGACAUACUUAUUCCUUCUGAGUAUAUGCCCACGACAGAAAUAAUUGUUAGUAAGUUUGCUAUUCAGGAUUCCAUCACAUUUUUGUGGUGAAGGGUAAUCACUUUUUAGGUUCACUAAAGCAAUAGAAUCUUAGAAAAAACUAUCCAUCAUGGAAAAUUUUGGCCCAAGGCACAGCAGUGAAAUUUGUAGUCCUUUAUUUAGUCAUUGUUAUUGGCAGCUAUUGGUAUUAUUAGUCAUUGCUAAGCACAUGAACCUACAUUCAAAUACAUGUUGUAAUUGUCAUGAAAUGUAAACACAUUAACUUUCUAGUAGUGAUUUCCUCUUUUGGACAGGUCUUUAACCAGUGACAUAUAUAUACUUUGUAUAUAUAUAGAUGGGUGUGUCUGUGUACAUUUAUAAAAACCAAUAUGGAUACAUCCAUUCACUGUGGUACAUUUUAAAAUAAAAAUAUUCUAGCAGUGGA